AUGGCUCACUCGCCAUCCUCAUCGUCAGCCGCUGACGACCCCGCCGAAAACACGGCCGACGAGGAAGAUUCCGAAGACUACUGCAAGGGCGGCUACCACCCCGUCCAGAUUGGCGAAAAGUUCAAGGACGGCAAGUACACGGUCGUGAGCAAGCUGGGCUGGGGCCACUUCUCGACUGUCUGGCUGUCGCGGGACAACACCAACGGCAAACACGUCGCGCUCAAGGUGGUGCGAUCCGCCACCCACUACACCGAGACGGCCGUCGACGAGAUCAAGCUCCUCAAUAAGAUUGUGCAAGCCAACCCCAACCACCCCGGCCGCAAGCAUGUCGUCAGUCUGCUCGACUCGUUUGAGCACAAGGGCCCCAACGGCACCCACAUGUGCAUGGUCUUUGAGGUACUGGGCGAGAACCUACUGGGCCUCAUCAAGAGAUGGAACCAUCGCGGCAUCCCCAUGCCGCUGGUCAAGCAAAUCACCAAGCAGGUCCUGCUUGGCCUCGACUACUUGCACAGGGAGUGCGGCAUCAUCCACACCGACCUUAAGCCCGAGAACGUCCUGAUUGAGAUUGGAGACGUUGAGCAGAUUGUCAAAAAGGUCGUCAAGCCUGAGACCCCCGACAAGGAGAACAAUCGCAACGGCCGCCGGAGACGUAGGACGCUCAUCACCGGCAGCCAGCCGUUGCCCUCUCCUCUCAACGCCAACUUUAACCACAACAAUCUCUUCCCCUCGUCUACUUCUCAGGGCAGUCUCGGUGGAAUGCUAGAAGGUAAGCAAAAGGAUGAGUCGUCAACGGCCGAUGAUGCCCAGAGCAAGAGAGAAAAGUCCGCUGACCUCUUGACCCGCGAAGUGUCGGGCAUCUCGCUAGACAAAUCUAGCACACCGUCGUCAGCCUCGACCAGCGACAAGCGAAAGGCGGACGAUCCGCAUGCAUACGACAUAAUCAGCGUCAAGAUUGCGGACUUGGGCAACGCGUGCUGGGUGAACCACCACUUCACCAACGAUAUUCAGACGCGACAGUAUAGAUCCCCCGAGGUGAUUUUGGGCGCAAAAUGGGGGGCCAGCACGGAUGUCUGGAGCAUGUCGGCCAUGGUUUUUGAACUGAUUACCGGCGACUAUCUCUUCGAUCCCCAGUCUGGUACCAAGUAUGGCAAGGACGACGACCACAUCGCGCAGAUCAUAGAGUUACUCGGCCCAUUCCCGCGGUCGUUGUGCCUCAGCGGCAAGUGGAGCCAGGAAAUAUUCAACAGGAAGGGAGAGCUUCGGAACAUUCAUAGGCUGCGGCACUGGGCUCUCCCCGAUGUUCUCCGAGAGAAAUAUCAUUUCAAAGAGGACGAGGCUAAGCGCAUCUCGGCCUUUUUGACUCCCAUGCUCGAGCUGGUGCCCGAGAAGCGGGCCAACGCCGGCGGCAUGGCUGCUCACCCCUGGCUGGACGACACUCCGGGCAUGCAGGGCAUCAAGAUUGAGGGUCUCGAGCCCGGCAGCCGGGGUGAGGGCAUCGAGGGAUGGGCCUCGGAGGUGCGGAAGCGAUGA